UGAAGGGCCCGCCGCCUACGUGUUUGUGUCAGGUCCCUCUGAUCCAGAGCCCCCACGGCCGGGCUCCAAAGGUGGGCUAGAACAGGAAGGGGAGAAAGGACAGAGCAGCCACCGAGGGACUGGCAUGGAAAAGCGUAAUGUCGGGGUACGAAGACCGAAGACCACAGCAAUCCGUCGGCCGAAAGGCGGCUGCAUAUCGCCCAAAGGAUGACAGAAGGAGGACCCUCCCAGGGACCGACGAUGAAUUCCUUCAGGAAAAAAGUCCUUCAGUGCAGGGCGGAUGGGCACCGGAGCCCAGCGUGGGUGGUACGGGUAGGCGACACAUCUUGGUCCCGACAGUCUGGUUCACCCUCCAUCACGGUCAAUAUUUUCCCUCGGUGGGGAGGCCCCUCGGGCGUACGCGGCCAUUGAGAGGGGAAACAUCAGUCAACCGGAGGGGGAUCGCCCUUCGUUUUGUAAGCGGGAUGGCGAAUCCGACGCAAUCACUGGUCAUGGGAGAGCCGCUGAAGCAGGGGGCAGAACCGGUCCGCGUACUUGGAGAGGGAAAAGAGGGGAGGUCAGUCGGGAGAAUAACUGAGCGGCGCAGUCAACUUGCAGGCAACCGGCUGGAAGAGCUGCUAGCAUGCUGCUGGGAUGUUGGCGGCAUCCAACCACGGCUGCAGCUGGUGGUCACCUUGGCGUGGCACAUUCGGCGGUCGUGAGAGGAUGAGAAAAUAUGCGAGACAAGCUGAUCCCUGUUCGGGGGAUGAUGAGUGGUCACCCCAGCGGUUAAGAGGAUGGGCGAGAUCCCUGGCAAUGUGGUCGGGGGAGCGUGAUGGACGUGAUGAGCGACGCUAGCGGCGCUCCCUAGCAGGGAAUGGCGGACGAGGUAGCAGUUGGACUGGACUCGAGACGAUAUCGCCCUCAAGUCCGAUGUAGCAUUGGAAGAGGGGAAAGCGACCGAUGGAGGGCAGUGUCGUGACUAAGUCACUAAGACAGCGCUAUCGCAUGGGCGCUGGAUUGAUUGGCACAGAAGCUUCGGCGGCUGCCAGGGUCUGACGGGUGAAAAGAGGGGGAA